UCUGCUGUGAAACGUCAACUGAUGUAAACAUGGCAGCCCUGAUCAAGAAACGGGCCUUGGCCGAAUACAGCGAAGUUGUUCAGGAAAGAGCACAGCCUCUGAAACAGAUUCGUCUAAUUAAGAAAGUCGUCAGCUCUGCUGUCCAGCUCAACUUACAGUCUGCUACUAACUCUCAGGAGGUUCUACACAUCUUACUGAAAUUCGAAGAAUCUCUCCCAAUUGAUGAGGACAGUUUAUCUGGUGUGCUGCGGGAACUCUUCGACCAUUUCCCGCGAGAGAAGGAAGCGAUGGUGCGAUGCAAGAUUGCAAUGGUUAUCAAAGAAUUGGCUUACAUCCCCAGUUUCAAGUAUGACCUUUACACUGAUGAAAUACUGUCUCUCCUUAAAACUGAAAAAUCCCAUCGUGUGGUCAGUCAGUUAGUCGACACACUGACUGUUGUUGGUAAAAGCCAGUACCACAACACUGAAGUACAAGAGAAAUUACUGUCCAGUGUCUUUAAGCUUCUGUCCGAUUCCAGUCAUUUGGUGAGAAGCAGCUGCCUGGAUUUCCUCGGUAAACUUGGUACCACAGACUGCCAACACAGUCGGAGCCACCAACCCCUGCAGAAAAUUUUGGCCGACCAUAUGUAUGACAUCGACUCGAGGGUGCGCAGGAGUGCAUUCAAUGCUGUGCUGAACCUUCAUCAACGUGGCAUUCAGGUGGACUUGGCCAUGUACGACCACUGUUGUCGUUCGCUGAAGGACGACUAUGAAGAUGUUCGGAUGGCAGCUAUCAAGUUGAUUUGGGUUCUGUGCCACCUGUACCCUGAGAGUACGGUUCCUGUGACUGACACCUGUGAAGAGAUUCGUUUAGUCGAUGAUGGCUUUGUCAAGAUCUGUAACAGUAUCAACGAUUUCUCCAUGAAAGUUCGCAAGGAAGCAGCAAGUCUUUUGGGUUCACUUCAUCUGGUUAGUCCCAAAUUCUUGGAACAGACCUUAGACAAGAAACUGAUGUCAAACAUGAGGCGCAAGCGUACGGCUCAUGAACGGGCCCGAGAGAACUACAUGUCUGGUGAGUGGUCAACGGGGAAAAUUUGGGCUGACGAUGCCCCGAAAGAGGCACUGGACCCGGACAACAUCAGUCUGAUGAACAGCGGUGCCUGUGGAGCCUUCGUCCAUGGGCUGGAGGACGAGUACCUUGAGGUCCGCAAUGCUGCACUGGACUCUCUGUGUGAGUUGUCUGUGAACUCUCCAUCCUUCGCCCGUCUCUCCCAGGACUGCAUCAUCGACAUGUUCAACGAUGAGAUCGAGAGCGUGCGUCUAAACGCCAUCAACAGCAUCCGCAAGGUCAGCGCACACUUGGAACUGAGGGAGGACCAGCUGGACAUCAUCCUCGGAGUUUUGCAGGAUUUCUCAGGGACAAUCCGUGAGUCCCUCCGCGAAAUGUUGGGUCACAUGAAGUUGGCAACCAGUUCCUGCCUCAACAACUGCGUCAUGGAGCUGCUGGAGAACCUGAAGCGUUAUCCUCAGGACAAGGUUUCAAUUUGGAAGUGUAUGAAGAAGCUUGGCGAGAACGUACCAAACUUGACCCUGUCUCUUGCACCUGACCUUUUGUGCAUUCAACCUUAUUUCAGCACACCUGAGCCAGAUAUUGAAGAUCCAGCUUAUUUGAGUAUUUUGGUGCUGGUCUUCAACGCUGCGGCUCGUAUUCCGACCCUUUUGCCAAUGUUCAGUGAAUACGUCUGGCGUCAUUAUAGUUAUCUACGAAAGAGCAUCCCAGAUCUCGUGGCCCCAUUAUCACAUCCCAGCAGUCAGUUUGUCGUGGAAUCGGAAGUAUCGUCAGAUGCAACCGAAGAUAUGACGACGUUCUUUAAUCAGACCUCGGCUCGUUUGGAGACCCUCAGUCGAUUGGAGGACAGCGUGGCACAGAAUCUGUUGAAGAUGACCUUGAAAGAUCUGGAUCAUGUCUCUAAACUUGGCACCAAAUUCUCAGAUUCUGCAGAAUUUAUGCACAAAUUUGUGCAGUGUCAGUUGAUGCUGAGUCAGGUGGUUUCCAAGACAAUCCAUUUCUUCUGUGAGAUGUCCACCUCUGAUUCCCUGAUGUCUUCGUUAGACAAGGUUCUGCUGAUGACGGAAGAACUGGAGAAGCUGUUCCUGGGUGUUGGCGUCAGCGAACUGAGUCUCGUGCACCAGACUCGACUCAAGGCAUCGGCCGUGAUGCUGACUCUGGUGUUGUGCAGGUGUGACGAAGCAGAGAGCAGCCAAGCGUGUCGUAACUUCCUGCAGAUGAUGCAGCAUGUACAAAAGUUCCUCACCAUCAACGAUGCAACACUGGACCGUUUCCUGUCGGAGCUAUUCAGCAAGCUGGACGGUGUCGAAGACGUGAAGCCAGUCGUGCUGCACAAACUGGUGCAGAACGACAUGUCGCUAAUGCAACCACAAGCGCUGCACAUAUCGAACCGCUUGUGCAAGGUCGAAGUCAUCAUCCACGAGCCAACCAAGACCUCAGAUAACCCCCUCAAGUUUACCGCUGGCCUCACUGCUGCGCUGCCCCUGCAUGCCAGCAUCAACAACAUACAGGAUGUUUCGUGUAUCCGUGCUUUGGUGAAAUAUCCAGACCUGGAGACCCAAUUAGUAAAACUGAACUUCAAUGAUUUCCGUAAACUUGGUCCCCUUCGUUACAAUCUUGUCACGAAUGUCAUCCUCUCCCACAGACUCUGGUCCGAACCAUGCCACGUGGAAGUGUCCCUGGUCUUGUGCACCGAACCUGGUUACCAACCCAUUUCCAGCAGCAACAAAUCAGGACUUUUCACGCUGCAGCUGUCGAAACCGGUCACAGUACUUGUCGCUACGAAACCCAUCAAAUGUUAGCCCAGAUGCAUGCUCUCUUCUGCACACACAUGGACUCCUAUGUGUGUGUAUGUGUGUGUGUGUGUGUGUGUGCAUGCGUGUAUGUGUAUAUGUAUAUAUAUAUGUAUAUGUAUAUAUAUAUAUAUAUAU